CCACUGUUUCCCUUUCAUCAUCCAACCUUUCGUGUUCAGAUUAGACCCACGCACUCCUUGUGAGCCCGGAGAAGGAAGCUUCCUCUCUCUCGCAUUAAUUCAGAAAAAAGCUCUUGAAAUCGAUGGACGUAUCGCAGCGUGACAUGGAGUGAACACAAAAAGAUGACCCACCCAUCAACCAUGUCCAUAGCUGUCUCCAUGAUGGUUUUGGUCUAACAAACAUGACCCCACCCACUUUCUUCUUUAUCUUUUUUGGGUUCUUCGUUUGUUGCUUUCCAGUGCCAAAAUCCUGUGAAUUCGUCAAACAAGACGUACGUCUGGAAUUUUAAAAUAGUAGAAUUGUGGGGUUGUUAUGGUAUUAUUGUAUCUUUUUUGCACUCAUCCUGUUUCUUGUCAUAUCUUCCACUCUUGACAUGAAGUUCUCUCCUUUAGUAUUCCUAUAUCUUCUUGGUCUCUCUCCAGGAUAUGAGAAGCUAAACUUGACUGCGAAUGUGAAUACCUUUAUUUUUUUGUUCUGACCUUUCUGGGUUCGAGAGUGUUCAUCCAAUUUUGGCUUAUUCAUUCUUUUCAUUGAUUCUGUUUUGUGGGUUUUUCUGUCUCAUCUUGAAAUUUUCUGUCAAAGUACUGUCUUUUCGCUUGUGAGUAUUUGUGAAUUGUGACCACAUCAUCAGCUUUUGGCUCUCUGUUUGUGGUUCAUCUAACGUUGCUUUGUAGAUUCCCUAUCCUAUUUCCGUUUGCGUAUAUGGAUUCUCGCAGCUGCAACUGCAAAUCUUUUAUUGGGGUUUCAUCCAUUUUCUGGUUGAUUUGGGUUUCAUUUGGAGGUGUUUCUGGUGAUGAAUUUCUCAUAGAUUGUGGAUCCUCCAACACCACUAAACUGGGAAAGCGUGUAUUUCUAGCUGAUAAUUCUACUUCUCGGUUUCUUUCAACCUCACAAAUUAUUUUGGCAAAGGCGGAUUCCUCCACUGUUCUUCCAUCAUCUUUUGAUUCACUGUACGAAACUGCUAGAAUCCUUGAAGGUGUUUCUCAAUACACAUUCCCAAUCAAAAAACAUGGUAGGUACUGGAUUCGCUUGUAUUUCUUCCCUUUUAGUUCUGGAAAAUACAACAUGAGCUCUGCAAAAUUCUCUGUUUCUGCUCAAGAAAGAACCACCUUGCUCAAGGAUUUUCAGUUAGAUAGUGAUUCUGUACGGAGGGAAUACUCUUUGAACAUCUCAGAGAACCAGCUUGUGCUCACUUUCACACCUUCUUCUAAAUCAUUUGCCUUCAUAAAUGCCUUAGAAGUUAUCUCAAUUCCUGAUGAGGUUAUUCCCGAGCAAGCCGAGAGUGUUUACCCACAGGGUGAUAAUAGGAAUCUAUGGAAGCACGCCUUGGAGACUGUUGCUAGAGUGAACAUGGGGAAUCAAUCUGUAUCACCCCUAAAUGAUAGCCUGGGGCGUGAUUGGGUGCCCGAUGUUUCGUUUCUUAUCCACAAGAAUUUUGCCAAUUUCACAUCCAACAUUACGGCAGUGAAUUUCAAAGCAGCAAACAUGUCAGAUGAUAUUGCACCUGCUGAGGUAUAUGGUAGUUUGACUACAUUGAAAGUUGCUGGAGAUGAUCCCAGAUCCAAAGCAAAUAUGACAUGGUUUUUCAAUGUUGAUCCUGGUUUUGAUUAUCUGCUUCGGUUUCACUUCUGUGACAUUCUGAAUCUACCACCAGACUCUCUCUUUAAUGUUUAUGUUAACUCAGGGCUCGUUUCUGCAAUCAAUGUUGGCACAGUAAUGCCAUAUCAAGGAGCCCCAUAUUAUGUGGAUGCAAUCACAAGAGUUAGUGGUAGCUCUAAUUUGAAUGUGUCUGUUGGUAUACCUAGUGGGGGUGAAUUUUAUUCUCCGCCCUUUCUCAAUGGGCUUGAGAUCAUGAAAAUGAGCAAUUCAGAAGAUAGCUUGGUCUUGGACUCUAAGAGCAGUUCCAAGAAAAAGCUUGGUAUUGUAGUAGCGGCUUGUGUGGCUGGUUUGGUUGUGAUUGUUUUAGUGGUGGCUAUGUCUGUUGUGCUGCUAUUCCAAAGAAGAAGAAACCGUCUCCAUGUGAGUCAUGAGAAUGGGAAGGACCUUUCUGGCAUGAGUAGGAUGGAUCAUUCUAACAUCUUUUCCAACUCAAAAAUUGGGUAUCGCUUUCCACUUGCGGUCAUCCACGAGGCAACUAAUAAUUUCAGUGAAGAUUUGGUCAUUGGUGUAGGUGGUUUUGGGAAGGUAUACAAAGGAGUUUUCAGAGAUGAAACAAAGGUGGCUGUGAAGAGAGGAGCAUCUCAAUCACAACAAGGUCUUGCAGAGUUCAGAACUGAAAUUGAGAUGCUAUCACAGUUUCGCCACCGCCAUUUGGUAUCAUUGAUCGGAUACUGCCAUGAGCAAAAUGAGAGGAUCAUCAUAUAUGAAUACAUGGAAAACGGUACACUAAAGAACCAUUUGUAUGGAUCAGAUGAUAAACCAAGUUUAAAUUGGAGGCAGAGGUUAGAAGCAUGCAUAGGAGCAGCCAAGGGACUUCACUAUCUUCACACUGGCUCUACCAAGGCAAUUAUUCACCGUGAUGUUAAAUCAGCAAAUAUACUCCUCGAUGAGAAGUUCAUGGCUAAGGUUGCUGAUUUUGGUCUUUCAAAGACAGGUCCUGAGAUUGAUGAGACACAUGUCAGCACUGCAGUGAAAGGAAGCUUUGGAUAUCUUGAUCCGGAAUACUUGACAACACAGCAACUAACAGAGAAAUCAGAUAUUUACUCCUUCGGUGUGGUCAUGUUUGAAGUCCUCUGUGGGAGACCUGUGAUAGACCCAUCACUCCCAAGGGAGAAGGUGAAUCUAAUUGAAUGGGUGAUGAAUUGUCUGGAGAGAAAGAACUUGGAGGAAAUCGUGGAUGCUCGUCUCGCGGAUCAGAUAGAGUCAGAUUCGCUGCAGAAGUUUGUAGAGAUUGCAGGGAAGUGCUUAGCAGAACAUGGCAGUAACAGGCCUACCAUGGGAGAUGUGUUGUGGCACUUAGAGUAUGCCCUAAGACAAGAAGUGGUUAGUCAUGAAUCGUCACAGAUUCGUCAAAUGAAUCGCUCUGAUACUGGUUUAUCAGGUGCAGAAUACACCAUGGGAAGCAUGGCUGGCAUGUCUGAAGUUUCAAUGAGCAAAGUGUUUGCUCAAAUGGUGAGAAGAGAGGAUAUGAGGUAGAACAUGUUACAUAAAAUAUUUUCAUUUGCUUUUCUAAUGUAAGUGGCUCAAGAAAGUAGUAAUUCAAAUAGGUAGUUGGGUUUUGGGUUGUUUCUCUAUGGUGUUACACUGAAGUGAAUUCAGUACAUAUUGUUGCAUAUGCCAUGUGAUAUAUGGAUACAGCAUAGGCAUUGUACCUAGAAUUUGUGCAAAUGAUUGGUCUGUAUACUAUAUUUGGCAUUCACGUAUUAAUGGUGAUUUGGUCUUACAUUC